AUGGGGAUUCUCAACAUAGCACAUAUGUGCUCGCACCUUCAAAACGCCUCCAAGGCGCGGUUGGGUCUGACAUCGGUGGCAAAUACGAAAUACAACCUCAAUCUGGCCUUGGCGCUUCACCGGGCCGGUCUCAUCUCUUCCGUCACCCGGGCCGGACCACAUCCCCCUCCGCCCGAGGCCCUGCUCACGUUUGAGACGGAGCCCGUGACGACCGCAAACGUGUCGAGCCGCCGCCUGUGGCUCGGCCUGAAGUACUGGGAGAACAAGCCCGUCAUGAGUCAGCUGCAGGUCGUCAGCAAACCGAGUCGCCUGGUCCACUGCGAGCUAGAGGGACUCGAAAAGAUCGCGAGGGGGUUUCCGAGCGGGUAUAUCAAGGGACUUUACCUGGGAGAGACACUAUUCGUCAGCACGCGGGCCGGUGUCUUGGAGGUUAGGGAAGCGCUGGACAAGCGCCUGGGUGGUGUCGUUCUGUGCCGGGUGUCAUAA